UACGACUACCUUAUUACAACUUUGCUCCAAUUACUAGUCCUGACUUCGACAUCCCCCUCCUUGCGGUUAAGGUAAUGACUUCGGGGAUGGCCAGGUCCCAUAGUGUGACGAGCUAUGUCUACAAGGCCCAGAAACGAAUUCACCGCCAUAUGGCUUAUCAGAGAUUACUAGUGAUUCUAGCUUCAUGCAAGCAAGUUGCAGCCUACAAUUUGAACUGUGGACGA